AUGGCCGCCAUGCAAGGCUCGAGCCAACAAGACAAUGUGCCGCUUGAGACCCGCAUGCGCAACCUCAUCCUAAACAACUCGAGCCAGGCUCAGGCUCAGAGUGCGGCUGCCGACGUCCCACGAUCGUCCUCACAGCCCUUGAUCCCUUCCGUCACGGAUUCAUCCGCAAGCGGCCCUAAAGAGGACACCCAAGGACAGCCCAAACCAACACAGAAGCCCAAUCGCAAGCGCAUGAAUCAGGCCCAACGACGCCAGAUGUCGUCUCAGCUGUCGGUUGAUAUUGACCCUCGCGCCACCGGGCCGCAACCCAGCCAUUCUCGUGGGCAGUCGGCUGGGAACUUUCAACGCCAUAAUAACAUCAACCAGCAGGGCCGGAACCAUCGCUCUCAGUCUGCGGCAUUUCAGUCCCCGUAUGUAAACGCCAGUCACACGAGACACCAACCCUCACCGUCGCUUCCGGCUUUCGCGCCUCAGCCUACCCUUUUUGACUGGAGACAACCUGGCGGAGCUUCGAAUGGCUUCAACGGGGCCCAGCCCGCUUUCUCACGCCCUAACCACGCCUCCAGGAACUCAACCAAUCAGUUUGGCUCAUCCUACAGCGCUCGACCUUACUUCCCUCGGGCGGAGGAUCUUGGGCCUCAGGUCGCCCUGUUGGAACAGCUGUCUGGGGAUAUUCUCGCCAACGCCGAGAUAGCACUUGAGCAAAUCCGGGAGAAGGAGAACUUCCGUGUGCUCAUCGAGGAUGCUUGCCGUGUCGCAAUAGACAGGCACGAGAAGAUCGUCAACGGUCAGGCUAACUUUCCCCCCAUGUCAGUUCAGCUGCGAUGUUUCGGCAGCUUAUCAUCUGGGUUUGCUACCAAGUCUUCGGACAUGGACCUCGGUCUCCUCUCACCGUGCUCGCAAACCCAGCCAGACAAUCCUGAAUCCCAAAUCCCUCGGAUUAUCGAGAAGACAUUUCUUGAAAUGGGCCUAGGCGCCCGUCUUUUAAGUAAGACCAGAGUUCCCAUCAUCAAAGUCUGUCAGAAGCCCACAGAAAAGCUCUACUCGGAUCUUCUGGAGGAACGUGAGAAGUGGGAGAAGGGAGUUGUGGAGGAUCACGAAUUGGAAGAUGAGGAAGUAGAGCACAGACUGGCUCCGAAUCCUGACGGACAGAGUCACCAGACUGGAAAGGCCAGCGCCGAUGACCAUGCUCCGAUGGCUGAUAACAGCAAAAUCAACAGCAACACUGCUACUACCAGCAAUGAUGAGCACGGCAUCGAUCAGUACCAACCGCUGCUUGACGACCUGAAGCAGGGUGCCAAGUCUCUGCCCAAUUAUUAUGGCGCCGCGAAGAAGACUUUGCGGAAAUUGGGCGGCAAAGAUAUCACCAAUUCCACGGCAGCGAAUUUCGGUGAGGAGGAUUUUCGUAUCCUCAACGAUGUGUGCAAGGCAUUCGUUCACGGUCUGGCGGACGACACUUUGAGAACUCGCCUCGAGGGCUAUACAUCUCUUGCUUUUGAUGAACAAGCUGCUGUGCCAAACAAUCGUUCCAUCUUUGGAGUGAUGGCGCAGAUUGAAGGAGAAAAACUUGUCAUGGCAUGUGAGUCUCGCACAAUUUUGGAGAGAAAUGACCACUUUGAGCAUCUGGCAAGGAACCGCGUUGUUCACUGGAAGGAGCUGCAAAACAGGCCAAAUUUCGGCUUAGACCCCCUCGGUUACAACAAGGACUUACUAUCAGCGACCGAGUAUCUGAAAAAGAUACCUUCGAUUAGUCUGCUGCUUCUUGAGCAAGGACAGUACGAGUCUGCCGCCUCUUACCAUAACAGGACUCUCAGGCUCUUGACGGACUUGGGCGGCAAUGAUCUGCCAUCCACUCAGUCACCAGUUCUGCCUAUCAUUUUGAGGCAGUACAGUCACGGCAUCUAUGAUUUCGGCAUUCGAGCACAAGUCUCAGACUGGUUGAAAUUCAACCCUUCAACGACCCUGAGAGCCCUCGCAAGACGACACAAAUCCCUGCAGCUGGCCCGAGAAUUCGAAAGAGCCUUGGAAAAGGGAUUGUACUCCACUGAAGUCGCCAAAGACAUCCAGGUCUAUAUUGGACUACUUCGGGGUCCGAUGACACGCAAUGCCCCGGAAGAUGUCCAUUAUGACUCCAUCUUGUCGAUAGCACCAGAGCAAUGGGCACUCGUAGCACGGAUGCGCGAAAUCCCAGACCCAUCCCGUAUGUCACCAAACCUGCCUCGAGACCCGUACAGGGACAAGCUUGAAUUCCCAAAUUCAGGUAUUGGCGUUCAAUGUGACAUCAACUUCUCUGCCCAGCUCGCCAUCCACAACACGCACCUGCUCCGCUGCUAUUCUCUUACGGAUCCUCGUGUCAGACCACUCGUUCUGUUCGUCAAACACUGGGCCAAGGUUAGAGGAAUCAACACGUCUUACCGUGGCACACUCUCCAGUUAUGGGUAUGUACUCAUGGUGCUUCACUACUUGAUCAAUGUUGCUCAGCCGUCCGUAUGCCCGAAUCUUCAAGUGAUGGCCCCGCCGGUGGACCCGCAUCUCCGUCCCGAACAAGUCGAGAACAUGACUAUCUGUCAAGGCAGAUACGUUUGGUUCUGGAAAAAUGAGGACGAGAUAAAAGCCGCAGCCAAACAGGGCGGCUUGACACAAAACAGAGAUUCCAUCGGUCACCUUCUCCGCGGGUUCUUCGAAUAUUACGCUCAGGGCAACAUGAUGAGCACGGGACAUAUGCGAGGUUUUGACUGGGGCAGGGACGUGAUCAGCCUUCGAACACCUGGCGGGAUUCUUAGCAAGCAGACUAAAGGUUGGACUGGUGCCAAGACAGUUCUUGAAGUUCAGUCAGCAGACAAGCCUCCAGCUGUCGAACCAGAUAUGCCCCAGGCGAAUCCCGCCCCUGAACCCCAAGUGCAAAGCGGCAGCAGUUUGACCGCAAUACCACAGUUGCAACAAUCUCAAGAUCCGGCCGCAGCGCCCAGGGCGCCUCAGGACCGGAGCAAGCACGAAGUGAAGGAGGUCCGCCAUCGCUACCUGUUCGCCAUCGAGGACCCAUUUGAGUUGGACCACAACGUCGCCCGCACCGUCACUCACAAUGGAAUUGUGUCGAUCCGUGAUGAGUUCCGCAGAGCAUGGCGGAUCAUCAGAAACGCCGGUAAACAUCCAAACCAGGAGAAUCUCCUGCAGGAUGCCUCGCUCGAUGUAAAAGCUGAGCACGCUUCUUUCGCGGAGCUCAUUGAUGAGAUUCACGGACAUCAGUCUGCUUGA